CUGACGGCAAAUCAAAUAUGGCCGCUGGUAGUGACGAUUUAAAAGGUCUAGUUUUUAACGAGGAAAUUCCCGAAUCAACACACUUUCCCGGAGGAAACGUUACUGAAUAUGGCUCUACCGAACAGGCUAGACCAGGACAGUUAAGUAUCGGAACGGAUUCUGCUGAAACGGACCUAAAACAGGACUUUAUAAUAGCAGUUUUUGUCGUCUCAUUUGAUACGAGAAAAGGUUUGUAUAUAAUGUAUGCCGAGAGGAUAAUUUUUUUGUAUGUUUACUAUGUUACGUAAACACGCGCUCAAAACUAUAAUGAGUACAAUAUAGACCACUUGCGAUUCAUUCAAAAUUUUAUUUUUCGAUACGUUCUUCAAGCAGCAAACAAACUUAAACAGUAUGUUUAGUGCUUUAAUUAUACUGUAGAAUUAUGCUAAAGUGAUUAAUGAAGAGAUUUUAGAUGGUACGCCAAAGAGGAAAUAAUGUCUGAAGUUCAGUAAUUAGUUUUGUUUAUAUUGGAGUAAAUAUGGCAUAACUUGAUAAUUGAUUAAUUGUAUUUUAAUUGACAAUUUUUUACAAUUAUGUUAUGUUUCGGAACAAUUAUGUUGCGAUUUGGAACACUUUCCAUUGCAAAUAUGCAACAUAGAAAAAAUGCCCCUUAUACAGUCAAUAAUUCAUGUAACUUUUUCCUAACUGUUGCGAAUGUUGUUCCCAACUCCUCUGAACUAAAAGAAGCUAAUCAAAUGCAUUGUUUACAAACAGUUUGUGAGUAUGAUUAUGAACUUUUGAACUUUGCAACAAACUUUGGAACGAAGUUUGCAACAUUUAGGGAAAAGUUAGGAAAAGUUAUGUGAAAUCAACUAUAAUGAAUAAUAUCAAUGCUACUUUUUACACCAAAGUUAGUCUUGAAACAUUGAGAUAGUAUGAUUAGCAUUUAAUUAUUUACUUAGCCAUAAAUGACAGGUGAGCUGUACAACAGAGCUUAUUCAGAGCUUAUAAACACUUUUAUAUAUUAGUAAUCAUUUGAAUAGACCAUUAUUUAUAUUGCAACUUAUGUAGAGUCUCAGCAAAAGGUAUAUCUAUAAAUAUUGUUUUUCCCCUCUUUAAUAAAGCUGUAUUAACUAACUAACUGAACUUGCAGAAUUUUAUUCCAUUACUGCAGUCAAUUUUACAGAAUUUUUUCCAAAGUUCCAAACUUUGUUGUGAAGUUCAAAAAUUCAUAUAGAAAGUCACAAGUAGAAUGCUUAGUUUGCAAACUGGUUUGUGAAUAUUAUUAUGAAUUUGCAACAAAAUUUGCAAACUUGGGGACAAAGAUCGUAACAUUUUGGCAAAAGUUAAAUGUGAGGAUGUUGUUAAUUUUACAAAUUUUACUCUAGGUAAUAUAAUAGAAUGGAAGCAUCCAGAGUCUGUUCAGCUGACUGGUGUGGAAUUUAAAGCCUUAACAAGUGGAUCACAUACUGUAUUUAAAGAUUUUGUGUAAGAAUAUUCAUAAAAUUCAUUAAUUUUUUUGUUAUCUCUUCUUUUUUUCAUAGAAAUUCUUGUAAUUCUAGCUUGCCCCACCCUGAAAAAGUUAACCCAUUGAGUCACAUUACACUCUAAUGCUCCCUAUUUUGUUAUUUUACUUUGUCUAACACCAAACGAUUUUACUUGUCAAGGGGAGAGUGCUGAUGCUCAAUGGGUUAAUAACAAGCAUGAGAGUGAAAUUGGUAAACAAUGACAUCCUGUUACAAAUUUUGACCCUCCCUUUCUGAAAGGCAAAUCUUAAUUGUAGCAUUAAACUAUUAACUUUCCCCCGAAGGGCUGUGGGAUUUCCCCUCUCUUUACAUCACAUCCCCUGGGUUCAUCCCCCAUGUCGUUUACUUUACUAGCUACUUUAAACAUGGGGACAACCAGUUUGGUUUAAGUUGCUAUCAGCGAAUCUCAGUAGAAAGUGAAGAUGAACGCGGGGCAAGAAUGAAAUCUGUUGGAAUUAUCUGUUCCAAGUAUACGUCGCUACAUGAACAUAUGGAGUUUCUUGAAGAUCAAGUUAGGUAAAG